AUGGGCAGACAGAUGGACAGACAGAUUGGGAUUGUGGGAAGGACUGGAGCAGGGAAGAGUUCUUUAAUUGCAGCAUUACUGAGGUUAGCGGAGCCUACAGGGGAGAUUUAUAUCGACGAUGUUAACGUGUUAAAGAUCGGCCUCCACGAACUCAGAAAUAAAAUCUCUGUUAUUCCACAGGAUCCAAUAUUAUUCAGUGGUAAUUUAAGGAAGAAUUUGGAUCCGUUUGAGGAAUACACAGAUGACCAGUUAUGGAUGGCACUAGAACAGGUGCAGCUCAAGGUGAAAGUUCAGAGUGAGAGAGAGGGACUGUACAUGGAGGUGUCUGACAGCGGACAGAACCUGAGUGUGGGGCAGAGACAGCUGGUGUGUCUGGCCAGGGCCAUCCUCCGACAGAACAACAUACUGGUGUUGGACGAGGCCACGGCCAAUGUGGACCACAACACUGACAGGUUGAUCCAGGAAACAAUUAGAAUUCGGUUCAAGAAUUGUACGGUCCUAACAGUUGCCCACAGGAUUCAUACCAUUAUGGACUCCAGUAGAGUCAUGAUAGAAGAUGGAUUUUUCAGAAAUCUGGUGCAACAGACUGGUAAAGCCCAGGCAAAGGUUUUACAGAGAUUAGCUGAGAAAUAUCACAAAGAGAGGUUUUGA